GUGGGGGAAGUGAACGCGCGAGAGAGCGAAGUGAGGCAGAGCUCGUUCAGUCGGACUGUUGAGCACCGGAGCUCCACGGAUUACUGUGAUAGAAAUCCGUCUGUUUGGUUUCUGCUGCUGCGCUCUCUCAUGCCCUGGGCGCACUGACGGCUCGGCUCGGCAUUUCAGUGGUCGAACGUCCCUGAAGCGGAUGCGAGAAGGGAAAGAAGAGACUGAAACUUAUUUUCCAAUAACUCCGUGAUUGAAAAUAAAGUGCCGGCAUCAUGCCUAAGCAAGUGGAGGUGAGGAUGCAUGAGAGUCAUCUGGAGCCCAUAGAGGCCAGGCCCAGGAACAAAUGUAUCAGCUGCUUCUCUUCUCUCUUCAAGAACCUGCUGCUCACACUCACCGUGCUCGGUGUGAUUCUGGGGGCUGUGUCUGGGAUGCUGCUUCGUUAUGCCUCUCCCAUCCACCCAGACAUUGUCAUGGUGAUCGCUUUCCCUGGAGACAUCCUGAUGAGGAUGCUGAAGAUGUUGAUCCUGCCUCUCAUCAUCUCCAGUUUGAUCACAGGUCUGGCUGGUCUAGAUGCUAAGUCUAGCGGUCGCCUGGGAACAAGGGCUAUGGUCUACUACAUGUCCACCACGGUGAUUGCUGCUGUGCUGGGAGUCAUCCUGGUACUGGCCAUCCACCCCGGAAACCCCAAGAUGAAAGAGCAGCUGGGAGAUGGCCAAAAACAUGAUGAUGUGUCCAGCCUGGAUGCCUUCUUUGACCUCAUCAGGAACCUAUUUCCUGAGAACCUGGUACAGGCCUGCUUCCAACAGAUCCAGACAGUCACUAAGAAGGUGGAGAAGGUGAUUGAGGAGGAUGUCAAUGCCACCACCACCCUGGAGGGGCUCCUGUCCAACGCCACCAAGGAACCUGAGUUCAUCAUCAAGAAGACCCUCCAGUUUAAGAGUGGCAUGAACGUGUUAGGUGUGAUUGGCUUCUUCAUUGCCUUUGGCAUUUGCAUGGGGAAGAUGGGAGAGAGGGCCAAGCUCAUGCUGGAGUUCUUCAACAUCCUCAACGAGAUUGUUAUGAACCUGGUCAUCAUGAUCAUGUGGUACUCUCCCUUCGGUAUCUGCUGCCUGAUCUGUGGUAAGAUCAUCUCCAUCGAUGACCUGGAGGUGGUUGCUAGGCAAUUGGGGAUGUACAUGGUGACUGUAAUUGUGGGCUUGAUCAUCCAUGGAGCCAUCUUCCUGCCCGCCAUCUACUUUGCCAUUGUCAGGAAAAACCCCUACACCUUCUUCAUGGGCAUCUUCCAGGCCUGGAUCACUGCCCUAGGGACAGCCUCCAGUGCUGGGACACUGCCUGUCACCUUCCGUUGCCUGGAGGAAAACUUGGGAAUCGAUAAGAGAGUCACCCGUUUCGUGCUCCCAGUCGGGGCCACCAUCAACAUGGACGGAACCGCCCUCUAUGAGGCCGUGGCGGCCAUCUUUAUUGCUCAGAUGAACAACAUCUAUCUGGAUGCUGGUCAGAUCGUCACUGUCAGUCUGACAGCUACUCUGGCCAGUGUUGGUGCGGCCAGUAUUCCCAGUGCUGGACUGGUGACUAUGCUUCUGAUCCUCACUGCAGUGGGCCUGCCAACUCAGGACAUCAGCCUGCUGGUUGCUGUUGACUGGCUCCUGGACCGGUUCCGUACCUCAGUGAACGUGGUGGGAGACUCAUACGGCGCGGGCAUCGUGUACCACCUGUCCAAGGCUGAGCUGGACGAGCUGGACGCUACACAUGGCAAGUCAGAUGACAUUGAGAUGAUGAACAAGACCUCGUCCUACUAUGAUGACCUCAAGAACCACCACGAAAACAACUCCAACCAGUGCGUCCAAUAUGCCGCUCACAAUUCAGUAGUGGUAGAUGAGUGCAAGGUAACCUCGACCACAAAUGGCUCUACCGCUGCGGCGACCAUGGCGGAGUGCAUGCUUGUUGAGGAGGAACCCCAGAAACGUGAAUAACGCCAGCACACAGAUCCCCAGUUCCACAUCCUUUCCUAUCUGGUGAAAAAAAGAGUCAUGCGAACAAAACUACUAAUUGUCUUUUUUUAAUGUAGUUUUAUUUCUUUUUUGAAAUGUUUGUAGUAGUUCCUACAGUGUUUCUAACCGUCUGUCUGACUGACUAAGAGGACUAAUACUAAUUCACUUAUCAGAGAGAUGAUAACAAAGGUAUGUUUUACCUGUUAGAGCACUAAUGUGUGCUUCAUAGCAAACAUUUGCACAACAUAAAUUAUUCCUAUAAAUAUAUGCAUCUAUAAGAGUACUGCAUUCAAAACAGGGGGAAAGCAGGGGGGAGGGUCAAAGUUUGGGGGAGUAACAAUGGAACAACAGUCCUCCAGAAUGUGAUUGUAGCUGUGAGUUUGGUACUGGCAAUUUGUCAGUCUAACAACAGACAAUGUGUGGAAGAUAAGAGUGUGAGUCAUGCUAGACUGAAGGAAUGCCUGUAUCAAACUAGACAUUAUUACACAUGUCAUUACUAUUACCAAUGAUACCACAGUAGGCAUCUGUUGAGCCCUGGCCCCUUUUUCCUCACAAGUUAACCUUUGACCUAUACCUGACAGAGCCCAUGUGACCUAUCUGAGUGUCUUUAUUACCUAAUAUUACCCACAAUCUCCAGGGGGAAUUAGGGUGGUGAUACUGUAGAAUAGAGAGACACAUACCUAUAAGGGCAGGGUCUGCAACCUGAGCCUUACUCCACAAGCACAUGUUCUCUGGAAUUCAAAAGCACAAAACACAAACGAAACAUGGAACCUCUCCUUCUCUUUUUUAUUGUAAUAUGUUCUUUUUCUACUGUAAGGGAAAGGGACUUCAUAAAUGUUGCUUCUAGCUUCUAGUGUGAGAUUAUAUACUGUAUCUGUGUGAUUUGGGUGUGUGGCUGUGUGUGUAUGUGUGGAUGGGUUGGGGGUGAGAACAUGACAUAUCUCCCCAGUUACUAAUAGGGACCAAACAGGCAUAUAAUCAAUCAAGCCAGAAGCCUUUGAAAAACCUCCAUGACUCAUUGACGGUCAUUUAUAUGGUCUUUCGGGGUUUCUUACUCUGUACACUAUCUAUUUGUAGCUAUCUCCAAGUGAAGAAGGUGUCUCAUUACUCAUUUUAACUCCUGCAAAUUAUAUACCAAGAGGUGCAUAAAGAUCUCUUCACGCAAUUACUGCAAUGCCUCAAACAGAAACGCAAAGGUGAAAUUUGUCCCCAGAUACCAAAUAAUCAAUAGCUUCAGUUCAGGGAGGUUUUUCAUAUGAAUUAGUCCAAGUACUGAAGUGUAGGAGGUAUUUAUCAGACCCUUCUCCCUUCCACUGAAGCUAUCAAUUUGAUUAUCUGAGGCUAAAAAUAAUGAGAAUCAAGUGUACAUUGUGAAGGAUCUAGCAAGAUAUGAUAAAUAUCUUGAUAAAUAUGACAAGUAAAAAAUAAAGUUGUUCUAAAACUGAAAAUAAAUGUAAUACUGAGAAGUACAAAUAGCAAAAUUGCAGCUUUGAGGAUAAAAGAGUUCUAGAUAAUUUUUUAUCCCUUUUUGACACGGGUCUCUUUUCACAUUUGACAUUUGUAAUUCGAAGAACCCAAUAUAGGGAAACUAUACUCAGGCUGUAGCAUUAACUCCUUGGCAGGGAAAGAUACACUUUCACCAAGCCCUCAACAUGUUUACCUGCUCAUGAAAGAAAAUAGGAUAUUGACACUUGCCUUUAUAUAGCACAACUUAAAUAUGAAAGCUUUGACUUUGAACACCGACUGUUUAACACCUUGAUAUUUUUUAAAGAGAAACAUUUUUUGUAUAUCUUGCUAUAUGACAGAGACAUAUAGUUUACCUUUACAACUAUUACUAAGUAAGAUACUUUAAUUAAGGGAUUAUUUUUAGCCCACAUACAUUUUCACAUUUUUCCAACUUUACCAUUCCAGUGACUCCAAUUUUCUUGGCUUCCCUUAGUGCCUGAAAGUACAAACACACAUAUAUUAUCAAAGAUGCCACAGAACAACCAUAGAAGUGAAAAAAGUAAUACAACUGCAAGUUUCAACAGGUUGAUAACUCACUGCACAACUAGUGGCCAGUUGGCAGUAUUUACAUCCCAAAUAUUUUUAUCCACCCCAAGAGUGGGGUCUCCUUUGUGAGUAAACAACCUAUUACCACAGACGAUGACGACUGUUCUCAGAGACCCUGAAUGCUGCAGCUGUGUGUAUCAUUGGUCUCUUAUUGUUACUAAUGUAUAGCAGUCAUCUUGCUGCCUGAAAAUGGCCACUACAAACAUGGCAACAAUCAGGUAGGAGAAUUCUAUCCCCCGAAUGGAACCAAACUGGCUAAAAAGAUAAACCCACACGAAGUUCUAUCACUGGCUGCUAAUCAUUAAUGCAUGUAUGUGAUUGUAUGAGAGACAUUUUGUGCAGGUGAGGCGUUCUGCAGGUGUGGAUUUCUUUAUCUGUGUCAUGUCCUGCUCUAUGGUCUAGUUUUGUUUAUUUUGUUCAAUGACAACCUUGCUUUGAAGAUGUUAACUCCAAACUGUGCAUUCAGUUUGACCGUUAUGACAAUGCCGAUUAAAGUAACACUAGAAAACUUAACAAGCAUUCAUAGUGCAGCACACAGUCAUUUAGUUACCUAAAAAACUUUCUCAGUCAGAAUAUCAAUGCCACGUUGCUUUUGAGCUUGUAUAACAAAGUGUUCUUCUCUACGACACAGCACACAAUGGUGUUCUGUUGUAAGAGCUGCAUGGACACUGCCAUCACACACAGACACAAUGCACAGACACACACACACACACACCCAUGCCCGCACACACACAUAUGCACACACAAGUAUGCACACUCGCAUACAUGCACAGACGCACACAACACAUACACACAUCCGACACUUGCAUGCACACACGCACACAAUUUAACCUGGAAUGUCACCACACACAUUCUAACAUGCAUUGAGUGAGAUGCUGAGCACAGCACUAAAACCCCUGAUGGCACAAGGGCUAGGGCCUGACCUUUGACCUUGUGACCUUCAGGAAUUUGUCCUCCAAUAAGGAGAGGAUGCAGACCAGUAUGUUACCAUAGGGAUUGAGUGUUUGAACACUAUUCUGUUCAAACUCACUCUUGUAGGAGCAUGAAGUUAAAAAUUAGGAUAUUUGUUUUGCACCACUAUCUUAAAAGCAUGAUAUUGAAGUGCCUCCUUGCACUUUGUGUACAUAUUGAGGGUAACAAAUAUUUUGUUUUAUUUUUGGGAGGGGGGGGUUGACAAGGUAUGUAGGAAUAGAGAUUAAUUGCUGUGACAGUUUUUUGUAAUCCUCUAGAGAAAUAUGAUCUAUGUUCUGAAUAAAAAUAGAUUAGUCAAAAUGUCUAGAAAAUAAUGUGUAAUAAAUUGCUUAUUUUUAUUUGUUAAUAGCUGUUAACUAGUUCUCACUUUGCUGCCACACAUCAAUAUAUGCAUAUCUUUUUUUGUAUCUAAUGUAAGCGUUUUGAAUGUUUGUUCCAUGGAGAUAUAAGUUGUGUACAUUCAUUUUCAUUGUGCAUACAUGUUCCAGAGAUAACAAUGAUUCUGAGGUGCACAACGUUGAACUGGAAAGACAAAUAGAAAGAGGAGAAACUAUCUGAUUAAUAAAAGGAGUCCAUGUGGGGUGAUGUGCUGUUUCUACGUUGGUGAGAUGUAAAUGUUAUCAUGACUAGGUCUCCAGAGGAAGAGGAAAAGGUCAAAUUUACUAUUAACUAGUGAAACAAGUACAGCUUAGCUUGUUCAUUACGACUAAAAUAGCAAAUCUGAUCAGAAUGUCUGGCCUAGCAUCUAACAAAAUAUAGCUCCUCAUGUGGUCACCCUGAUCCUGUUCCAGGAAUCAUCUAGACUUUCUAUCAGAGAACAGUGUCCGCCUCCUGUCUUGUGCUUUAUGCAUCAUAUUGUGGUAACUACAAGACAUAAUUAAAUACACCAAACAGUCAGAUUUCAUGUUUAGAUUAUUCCUCACAGAUAGAGACAGUAACUGUAACGAGCCCCAGUGCCAUAUCCAUACACUUGCCUCUGUCUAUCCAGAACUAUCAACCCACCAGCACCAUUUCAUAAACCUAUCCACACACAUAUUGGUAAAUUUGCCUUUUUGCCUUUCGUCAUUUUCAUCACAAUUGUUUACACACACACAAACAAACCCAAUAUUGAGUAAAGAGGAUGUUCAAAUGGAAAUGGGUUGGCACAGUAUUUCUAAGAUGAGCCAGUAUAUCUUCAAGUCUGUAUUCUGCAGAAGUCUCUGUGUUUCUGAUAGGCUCCUCCUGAGUAGACCUGAUAACCUGAUAGGCUCCUCCUGAGUAGACCUGAUAACCUGAUAGGCUCCUCCUGAGUAGACCUGAUAACCUGAUAGGCUCCUCCUGAGUAGACCUGAUAACCUGAUAGACUCCUCCUGAGUAGACCUGAUAACCUGAUAGGCUCCUCCUGAGUAGACCUGAUAACCUUUCUCACUCCUGCCCUACCUUUCACUCCCUCGCUUACUGUUCUAGGAUGUCCCUCAUUUGUAAAGCUGUUGCUGUAAUUUUGAUGUAAAGGGAGAGAUUAUUUCAGGGGACAGAAUAUUACAAAAUAAAGAAGAAAAAAUAUCUGAAUUAUUUUCUUUACCAGAUCUGUGGUAUAAAAGUAUGUUCAUACAUAUCAAUAAGUGUUGUACCAUUGGUGUACAUACGAUUAUGAUAACUAAUAAAUGUUGAUUCAUAA